GUUUACACUCAAAAUGAAAGUAGCUUGAAAUUAUGUUUUAUUUUGAAUCACCCAGAGGCGUGAUAGCUUUAAAAAACUUUGAGCAUUUUGCAACAGUUCGAUUGAAAUUCUUAUUAAGAGUUUUAAAAUGUGGAAGCCAAGUAGACGACUUCAUGUCGAUUCUGUCCGACCCGGAGGUUGUAAUAGAUUCUGAUGUGUUACUUGAAGGGUCCCAUAAAGAUAUUAUUUCUCAUUUUACCUUGAGACUUCUGUUGGCAAAUGAGGCUGAUACCUGUGAUUUUCUUCUACAAGCUGAAACCAGACUGUUCCAAUUCAGACUACAGAGCAUGAAUGAUACAGAAAUAUCAAGGUAUCUGUCACGUGUCGAAUCAAAGCUGAAGAAACUCCAUGAUUCCAUACAUCCAUCAUCUCCAGACUUGUCUCUAGUGGACCAAAUUCAGAGCAUUCUAUCACAGAUAAAAAGUUCCCCCAGAAGCUGGAGAAAGGUGGUGUCCUAUAGUCAUGACAAAAGUAAAAAUUUAUCCUUCUGUGUCCCCUUUUCUGUUGUACCACAGUUAGUGGCUAAGAGAGAAGUUACCAUUCAUUAUGGACAGGCUGAUGUGCAAUACUGUUACCUACAUGAUGUGCUGGAACACUGCUUUAAGCUUAUUCUUCGACAUGGCUUACAGAAAUGUAAAUCCAUGCAGGGAAGCUUGGAUAAGCGUUGUAGAAUACUCAGACAUAGAUUGCAGAUAAUUUUACGGAAUGACUACAAGCCAUAUGCUGACAUGUCGUGGGCAACCUCCUCUUCUUUAGAACAACAGGAAGUGAUGUCAGAGAGCAAGUUCUUCCCACCAUGUAUGUCAGUGCUAUUUCAGAAUCUCCAUGACAACCACAGACUUCAGCACCAUUCCAGGAUCCAGCUGACGUUGUUCUUAAAAGAGAUUGGUCUGCCUGUCCAUGAGGCUUUACAGUUCUGGAGGCAUUAUUACAGCAAGGCCAGUGAUUCCCUGGGUGGGUGUCGUCACAAGUGGGAGGGGAACGAGAGGAGGUACCAGUACAGUAUCCGGCAUCUGUACGGACUGGAGGGGUCCCGGGUCAACUACAGGGCUCACUGCUGUAUCUCUCUACAAGAAUUUGUGCCACCAUGUGGAAGUAGUGGAGGUUGUCCUUUCAAACAUUUUGAUGAUGCUAAACUGAUUCAUUUUCUGUCAGAGGAGAAAAUUGAAGAUAUGGAGGACAUAAUGAAACUGAGGGGUCAAGGGCAGUUUUCCAAUGCCUGUUCCCUGUACCUGGGGAAAAAGACAGAAAACAUAUUACAAAGUCAAAUUCUUGCCGAUUCUAGUUCCGAAUCAAUGUGUGAACCCUCAGCUAAAAGAGCAAGGUUGGAAACUAUUACUUCAGACAUUAAGAUACCAGACAGUAGUCCAUGUGUUAGUCCAGGAGAGAGUAAAGAGGAGCAGAUUACCACAGAAAAGUCUCAGUGUUCUAGUUGUACAGGGUGUGAAUUAACCUCUUCUCUAUCUACAAAAUCCACACAAAACCAAAGAACUGAAAAAAGCUUAGAAGAUUCUGUGUUAAAACCAUGGGAGACAAAUUCUAAAAUACCUUUUCAUGUUCGAACAGAGGAUGGUAGGACAAUCAUUAAUGAAUGUGAGAGAGAAACCAAGCAUUUACCCCAUGUUUCUAUUCCAAAUCAAAGCAAGAUGUCUAUCUCAAGGAAGUUUGAAAGCACCCUGGAUGUAAACUCAGAAAAUAACAACAAUAGUGAACAGAAUACAACUGACAACAAGGAAGCAGUCUUGUUGGCGUUAUUGCAUGCAGCUUCCGGAUUUCGGUCUUCAUAUGUACUGCUUUUACCACGAUCCUGGCUGAAAUUGAAAGUAGCGAUGACAUCUCUUACAGGUUGCGGUCGGAUGCUUCAACAACAUUCCGUGUUAUUGAGAUUUACACAAAAGGGUGUCAGAACAUUUUCUUCAAGUGCCUUGAGAAGCAUUUAUGAUUACAAUAGCCCCCAUAUAGUCAGCUUUUCUGCAAGUCAUCGACAUAUUAACCAAGUAAAACCCAUUGCAUCCCUUCACUGCCACUGCUUACGCAGACUGUAUAGUAAUUCCUCAUCUAACACACCACAAAGGCCUCAGAAUGAACAGGAGUCUAAAGCAAAGCCAGAGGAAGGCCCAAAAGACACCCCAAACACUAGUCAAGAGGGUACAAAAGCUGGUGAUGCUCCAGUAAAGAAACUCUCAGUCUUUCAGAGGUUCAAACAAACUUACAAAGAACAUGGCAAAGUACUUAUCAUUGUUGAGAUAGUGACUUCAAUAUUUUGGUAUGGGCUGUUUUACAUCAUUGUAAGUUGUGGUGUAGAUGUCAUAUCACUGCUAGAGAAAUUGGGACUUAGUGAGACAAUGAUGAAACCAUUCCAUUCUACAGGCCUUGGAGACUAUUUGCUGGCAUUUUUACUGUACAAAUUGAUAUCCCCCAUCCGUUAUGCUGUCACAUUAGGGGGGACUGGCUAUAUUAUCAGAUUAAUGAGGAAAAGAGGAAAGAUACCCCAAGUGACAGAAAGUACAAAACUCAGGACCCUGUAUAAAGACAGUAAAGAGGAAAUCAAGGACAAAAGUUCAAAGUUCAGGGAGAGGAGAAGGUCAAGUGUUAAGGCCAGAGGAAGAAGGAAACGGAAUCAGAAAUGCAACAGUGGAGACAGAUUUGAGGGAGUCGUCAAUAAACACUUCAGGAAAUGCUUUGGAGAAAUGCUUUUGUUCAAUCAGCUUAUAUUGCAAAUCAGCAAAACUACAACUUCUUCCUGUGACAUCAAGAAUUAUCAAGAAAGUACUGACAGGGUGAAAAUAGUCAGCAGCAAAGGCAGUAGAAGAGGUGGAGAGCAGAUUGAGACACGAAGACAUUGUAGGAACGGUGGUGGUGGGAAGACAAGGUCUAGGGACGUCCAAAAGCAGUCUUGGAAGAAGGUUGACACAAAGGAGAGAUGUAACAUUUUGCAGAAAGAUAUUCAAGCCAGAGAGGAAGAAAAUCCACAAGCUAAGGCAGUGGAUAUGGAAGUCCAGGGUGCUUGGACAAGAUGGGAAAGACCAACAGACACUAUCCUUGGCAGAAAUCUGGAAAAAUGCAGUUCCAACUACAAUUACUACUAUGCUCAGAGCCUGAUAUGGUACUGUGGUCGUCAAAAUGUAGGGAGGAAGGAUUGCGACCUGGAACUAUCCAGAAGGUUUGGGAUUCCCAACACAGUCAGUUUGGAGGUUGUUCUCUGUGUUAGGGAUGACAGGGAGAAGCAGGAGAGGAGCAGUCCAAAAGAUGACCCAAGCAGCAGAAGGAUCAUCGUGCUGAGUAGUACUGCUAUGAGCACAAACAGACGACCAAAUGGUCGCGCCUCCGGCCCCCCGACUGGGUCACGGAGCGGCCCCGAGGGAAAGUCCAAACAAAUUAAACUGGUUCUGCUGGGAGAAUCUGGAGUAGGCAAAAGUAGCAUAGCCUUAAGAUUUGUUCGAGGGGAAUUCAACGAGAAUGGAGAAGCUACAAUUGGAGCUGCUUAUUUGACAAAAACAAUAAAUGUCCUUCAGUCUGCGACAAUUAAGUUCGACAUUUGGGAUACUGCGGGACAAGAAAGGUACCACAGUUUAGCCCCUAUGUAUUAUCGCGGGGCACCUGCUGCCGUUGUGGUCUAUGACAUCACAAGCCAGACUUCCUUUUCACGCGCUCAAACUUGGGUUAAGGAGCUCAUUCAGCAAGCUAACUCUCAGAUCGUCAUUGCUUUAGUGGGCAAUAAGGCCGAUAUGGCCAGCGAAAACAGGGUGAUAAGCAAAGAGGUUUCCUUUAAGGAGGCUCAACGAUGGACAAGGGAGAUCAUUGAUUUUGGUGGAUCUUGUAAUUAUAUUAUGCUGCUGGGAAAUAAAUGUGACUUAGCCGAUGGUUGUCGAGAAGUGUCCUAUGAGGAGGGCAGUGAAUUUGCAAGUAGUAAUGGACUGAUGUUCAUGGAGGUGUCUGCCAAAACAGGAAUGAAUGUCGAAGAAGUUUUCCACAACCUAGCUACCAAAAUAGCCUCUCAGUCAACACCGGAAGCGAAAUCAACCACCGUCCGUCCGACCACAGUAGAAGGCACUGGAAAAAGUGGAUGUUCUUGUUGAAAACUGCAGUUGCAUAGAUAAUCAGUGAUUUAGGAUUAACAUGGCAUUGUUUUUUUGUGAUAAUCUAACAAUAUUCUGUUGAAGAAAUGCUCCUUGGACUUCGUCUUGAACAAUUGUGGUUUAUAUUUUGCUGAUAUAUGUAAAACAUGUUCAACCUGUGAUAAUAUUGCAAAUGUCACCUUGUGCAUCAUCAUGUACACUUGAGAUAAUCUGAAGGGGAUUUUAUGGUCCAACUAUUACGAAUUGCACAUUUAUCAGCACGUGUAAAUAUGAUAUCUUGGUGCAGACAAGUACAAAUACCGGUCCACCUUGCUUGCUAUUUUUAUUUUAAAGGUUUAUAAUUAAAUUAUAUAAGCUGUGACUUGCUUACCAUAUUACCAAUGCUAAAUUAUAUGACUUCGUUUGAAGGAAAGGAGACGUAUUGUUUUGUCUUAUUUCCUUCUUGUUUAAUAAAAUAAUUAUUUACGAUAUGUAAACAUCAAAAAGGAAAUUUUUAUUUUGCACUUUUGUAAAAUCCUUCACCUUUAACUAUAGAAGUAUUGAAGGACAUAAAACAGCUCUUAAUGCUAUGAAAGAAAAUUUCUUGUAAAAUCGACUAGCAUUUUAUUAUUAUAGCGACCUGUGAUGAAAUUCUUAAUAGAUAAGGAAACGAUAAAUCAGUUUAAUAUGCCAACAAAGUAUACGUAUAUUUUUUUCAUUCAGUAUAUUUUUUUCUGUCGGAAACAAAUGCAAUGACUUUUACGGAAACACAGAUACAUGUAUAUUGUAUCAAUAUGUAAACUGAGCAUUUGUUGACCUUGAAAAAGUUGAGAUGAAUGUGCAUUUUUCAUGAAAUUUUUUUCCCCUCUUGUGAAUUUCACCUGUGCACAGGUCUUUAUUAUUUUUUUCAUUCAAUGUUCUAAAAUAAUAUAAUAUGUAUAGUGUACUUGCAAUAUAAUGUGUCAACAUGAAAUUAAUAUAUCUAUGUACAUGUAUAUUACUUACACUAUACAUGUAUCUUUUUUUUAAUUAAUGUGAGAUGAAAUGAAACUCUUUUUUUAUAAAAAGAAAAUGUAUUUCAUAAUUUUAUUCAGAUUUUCAUUUAAAAAGUCUGCAUUUCUGCAUUGAGUGCAUGUGCCUUAAUUGUCUUCCUUUUGUGAAAUUGCAACAUCGUCUGCGUUUGCUUUCCACCUUCAUGAAACGACACAGAUCUAUGAUGCUAUUUUAAAGACAAGAUUCUUGUAGAUUACCAGUCUCAAUCUAGAUUACCCAAUGUUAUCUUAUUUCUCAGGAAGUCUGUAAGUUCCUGUCGUAUCAAACCUUGAUGUGGAGAAACUAAUGAACUAAAUAAAUUUGACUCUUCUCUAUACGAG